AUGACUAAAAACUGCACGAUUGAUAAGGUUAAACUUAUCAUGCAAGCCGGCAACUUCAACACAAUGAACGACGUAAUUUCAAAAUUCGUAAACAAUUCGGUCCUCUACUACAACAACUAUACACAGCGCGGCGGAAACCGCGGACGUGGAGGUAGAGGUAAUUUUCGUGGUCGUGGUAACAAUUAUGGUUACUACAAUAAUACCAACCAAAACAAUGGUCGCGGCAACUACAGAGGAAACUCAAGGGGACGUGGCAACUCGAGCGGAGGCUACAAUAACAACAAUACAAGCAAUGUAAGAGUAGCCAAUGACACGUCGGGAAACUCCGAACCCCCUUUAAAUGUUCAACAGUAG